UAUUUUUACUCAUCUCCACUAGUCAAACACACGACUCAACCCAAUCAGUCAAUUGUCUUCAGAAUGUCUCUACCAUCAUCUUUCCAAGCGGGUGAGGUAUCAACCCCCAAAGCUAGCACAACCUUAGCUGUGCGCAGCCUGUCUGCCCUGGGUCCUAACGAAGUUGGGAUCAAAAUCGCCGCCACUGCAAUCAAUCCUGUUGAUCGUAAAAUGCGCGACUACGAUGCAUUCCUUAAGCAAUACCCAGCCAUUCUCGGCUCCGAUGCUGCAGGCGUAAUAGCGGCCAUCGGAUCUGAUGUUAAGAAUUUCCAAGUUGGGGAUCGGGUGUUCUUCCAGGGUAUCAUCGGGAUCUUCGAAUCGUCGACGUUCCAGCAAUACUGCAAGAUGCCAAGCGAGCUCGUUGCAAAGACGCCGAAAAACAUAACCGAUGAAGAAGCUGCAGGGGUCUCUCUUGCUUCUAUAGCUGUAGUUACGGCGUUCUACAGUAAGGAUGGGCACGGAAUGACGCCACCAUGGGAACAAGGAGGUCGAACCGCCGGACAGGGAAAAUCUAUUGUCAUUAUUGGCGGCGCUUCUUCUGUUGGGCAGUAUGCUAUUCAAAUGGCUCGUCUCUCUGGGUAUGAGCGCAUCAUCACUAAUGCCAGUACGAACAACCACGAAUUCCUCAAGAACAAGAUCGGCGCCCACAUCGUCCUGGAUCGCUCCGACUCCACCCCAGAAGCCGUGGCCGCAGCAUUGGGCGAUGUCCCCCUCGAUUUCGUGUUUGACGCGAUCUCUGUUCCGCCCACUCAGAAGCUUGGGGUUCAAAUUCUGCAGAAAGCGAACGUGUCUAGCAGCCAAAAGCAUCUUGUCACUGUCCACGUAGUUGAGCCUGACGCUCCGAGCCCAGAAGCGGUGGAACUUGGUAAGAGUCAAGAACCUCGAGUAGAAAUCCGACAGAUUCUUGGUAUUGGAAGCUCUCCGGCGUUGAGACCGCUUAGCGAGCCUUUCGCAAAAGCAAUAGGCGGUGAGGAUGGAUAUAUUGCGCGGGGGCUCUUCACUCCAAACCGGCCCCAUGUGGUUGCUGGGGGUCUGGCUGCGCUGGAAGAGGCACUGGAUCUCAACAAAAAGGGCGUCUCGGGGAAGAAAAUCGUCAUUCACCCAUUCGAUGCUCGAAUCCGCGACACUACGCCCGCAACAGUGACGAUCCUCUACCCACGUAAAGAAGGCUGGAAUUUCGAUCUCGACUACUACCUCUCGAAGCAUUUGCCGCUCUCCGUUAAGCACUGGAAACCGCAGGGCCUCAAGUCCUACCGGGUCACCAAGUUCGCUGAUGAUCAUCCGUAUACGUACGGCUGCGCUAUGAACUGGGAGAACAUCGACGCCUUCAAUAGAGCGAGCCAGCAGGAGAGCGGGAAGGAAGUUUUGGGGGAUAUUCCGAAUUUCACAAGUGAGCAGCCGGUUCUGAUGGCAGGCGAGGUGGUGGGAUCGGGCUAG